GACAAUCCACCUUGAUGAGACGCUCUCGCCGGUCGUUGUGCUCGUCGAGGUCCUGCCUGAAGGCGUCAAAGAUGGCGGCGGUGCUGGUCAUAACGGUGUCGGCGACCUACCGGUUGUUCAUUAUUUGGUCACCAUUUUCCAUCCUCUGACCGUCAUGGCCUUCGCCUCCAAGACUGGCUGCCCACUGUGCGGCAUAGUGAGCUCUGCAGUGCAUGACCCUUUCAUAUCGCCGCGCUCUUCAGGCUCCGUUCGCGAAGCGAAUCAGCCGGAGAUCUUGUGGAGGGACGACAACUUUACUGUCUAUCGUGAAAAGGCGAAUCCAGUGUCGAGCACGGGACAUGUAAUAAUCGCCUUCAACCUCCACGUUCCCUCAAUAUAUACCCUUUCAUCCUCAGAUUUGCCUCUUCUAGUGAACCUCAGAUGCCUGGCCACCCGAUUUCUCAAUUCAAUGAUACCCAUGUCGUCACCAGCAACGUCGCCGACGGGCGCAACUCCCCUCUACAUCACUUCGAACAACUUUCGCAUCGGGUUCAUUACGCCUCCAUUCAGAGAUGCCAAGAUCCCAGUGACAGACCAUCUUCACGCCCAUGCAUACAUUAUGCCCUCUGAUCUUAUGGGAUGGUGGCGCGGUAUAGCAUACGGUCCACUUGCUUGGUACGCUAUCGAUGACCUCAUCGCGGAAAUACGAGAGUCCACCUCGAACAACCGCGUCAAGUCGGGCUAUGACAAUCGCAGAGUUGCUCCCAUUGAUUUCGUACCUUCAGCGGGAUCUAGAACAGGUACCGCCAACGGCAUCGAAACUACAUUUGAGAGUUUAGGUCGCCCAGACGCUGAGUUGGAGGGCGGCGAGGCAUCUCCUCUGAGCCUCUCCCCCUCUCGCCAUAAUGUGCCUUCGCCCCUUCGCGUCAGCUAGAUCUUUUAUUGGUAUUGUGCACUUUCCUUGAUACUAUUGUUGUUCACUUAGUUUGGGACUUGGAAAUUACAUUCCUUGUACUCGAUGAUACCUACAUGGACAAAAGCUUUGUAACGUUCUAAUGCAUGAAAUUACACUAAAUCAUAUAUGAGCACAU